UUAGAAAACACUAGAAGCAUAUAGGAACAAAAGAAUCAAAAUUUUCUUCUUCGUAUUAUUUAUUUGAAUAUGACCUCAAAAGUCAAAGGCUUUCCAAGAACAUUCACUAUAAAAGAAAAGAAGGCUCCUUCUGUUUAACACACAUCUCAAUUCUCACAGACCGUCCCGUUUCGAAUCUAUCAAUGGCAGAAGCAACAAAGAGGUAUGCGGUUGUUACUGGAGCAAACAAAGGUAUAGGAUUGGAAACUGUAAGGCAGUUGGCCUCAAAUGGGUUCACCGUAGUCUUAACUGCCCGAGAUGAGAAGAGGGGUCUUGAAGCUGUUGAGAAACUCAAAGAGUCUGGCCUCUCAGGUCAAGUGGUUUUUCAUCAACUUGAUGUGGUUGACCCUGCUACUGUUGCUUCUUUGGCAGACUUCAUCAAAACCCAGUUUGGGAAACUCGAUAUCUUGGUGAACAAUGCAGGGGUUAUUGGAAGCAUAGUAGAUGGUGAUGCUUUUAAAGCUUCUGUAGCCUCCGGUGCCACGGAAAGAGGAGGAGUUGAUUUUAGUAAACUAGUGACUGAAACUUACGAGUUAACAGAAGAAUGCUUGCAAAUAAACUAUUAUGGUGCUAAAAGAACAGCUGAAGCACUUAUCCCACUCCUCCUGUUAUCUGACUCACCGAGAAUUGUUAAUGUUUCUUCUGUCAUGGGGAUGUUAAACAACAUACCAAGCGAUUGGGCUAGAGGAGUUUUUACUGAUGCCGAAAACCUAACAGAAGAGAGAGUAGAUGAGGUACUGACUGAGCUUCUAAAAGAUUUCAAGGAGGGUUCACUUGAAAGUAAGGGCUGGCCUUCUUCUAUGCCUGCCUAUAUAGUCUCAAAAGCAGCACUGAACGCAUAUACAAGGAUUCUAGGAAAGAAGUACCCCACUUUUCGUAUCAAUUCAGUCUGCCCUGGCUUUGUCAAAACAGAUAUAAACUUCAAUGCCGGCGUCUUGCCUGUCGAAGAGGGUGGUGCCAGGAUUGUAAAGUUAGCAUUGCUGCCCAAUGAUGGCCCUACUGGCUCCUUCUUUGUUCACAAUGAAGUGUCAGAUUUUUGAUUGAAGAUGAUCCAUUUAUGCAAAUUUAAUACGAGUCAUUUAUUGGGCAACAUUUGGUACUGUAAUGUAAUUUUAAGUAUUUUGGUAUGUAUAUUGAUUGAAGGAUCUAGUGCAUUGUUUACAUUUCUACUAUU